CUGCCUCACGGGUUCCCUCCUCUCCACCUUCUAUAUAUUAUUUCUCUCUUUCUUCUUCCCAAAAAUUUCUUCCUGUUUUCUCUGCAAUCACGAAAAGAAAAAAAUCCCCAAAAUAAACCGGUAAAAAAAAAAAUUCUCUUUUUCUUUCUCUUGUUCCUUCGUAUCAAAUCUUCCCUCUCCUUUCUCUCCACAAUCAGGCAAAGACCCUUUUCUCUUAUUCUGUCUGUUAUUCUUCAUCGCUUCAUUCUCUUUCUGAUUCUCAGGCAAGAAUCAUUCUUUCCAAUUCCAUACUCGCUUUCCUUCAUUCUCUUCACUUUCCUCUGUUUCGGCUAGUUCGAUCAACGACGAGCCGUGUCUCUUUUUCUGUGGUAUAUUUGAAGAUUUUGAUAUGGGGUUUUCAAAAAAGUCGCAAAUAGAAUCAGGGCUAGAAUCAGAAGCGAAGAAGUGGGUAAUUGCAGGUAUUUCGGUACGGUCUCUGAAGCCCAUAAACACGAAGCCGAGGGGGAAAGAGAACGAGGAAGACGAUGAGGAAGCCUGUUCGACGACUCCGACGGCGAAAGAGGCAAGAAUACAAGAAAAGUUGCCGUGCCCGCCGGCGCCGAGGAAGCCCCGACCAUCACGGCGACACAACUUUAACGGCGUUCGAGAGUUUUUCACUCCUCCUGACUUGGAAACUGUGUUCAAACGCCAUGUUGAGAAAGCCAUCUGAUUUCAGCUCAUUCAACUAACAAAACGACGCUAGAUUCAAGCUUGUCUGAGAGGAAAAUGGUCCUGAAAAAGAGGGUUUUGUUAUGUUUUAUGUAUUAUUAUUUUUUUUUCAUUUUAUGGCUCUGAAUGCAAAUUCCUCUCUGCUUCGAGUGCUACCUGGCAACAAGAACUUGUGUACAAAAGAAAAAAAAUUGAUAUGUAGGGAAGCAGUAUAGGCUAGUCUUUGAUUUCCAUUUUUUCCCCCGUUUCCUUUCUCGUUUGAUGAAAGAGUAUGUGGUCUAGUUCUGUUUUUGCUUAAUGAGAAGUUUUCAAUAUUUCCAGUUCAA